AUGGAUGAUUAGAAUUAGCCAAUACUAUAAGAAUAACCGAAACCCAAGUAGAAGAAACCCUUGCUUAAUACUAAGAUGGUCAAGAAACAAAAGAUGCAGAAUAAGAAGGAGGAGAAUUUGAGAGAAAUUUUAAAUUUCUACACGAAUCAAGUUGAUGCUCGAAAGUUUUUAUAAAAAAUGAAAGCUGUUGUUGAUUCUAAUUAGCAAGAAAAGAAAUAUCAGGAUGAUUUCCUAAAUCCAAACGAAUAUAAUGAAAUGUAGGAUAUUUAUGAGGAUUAUAAUAUGGGAGAUUUAGUCAUAGUGUUUCCUAAUCCUGAUGCAGAUGGAGUUAAAAAUCCACCAAUAACAUAUAAAGAAGCAGAGAAAUUUUAUGAUGAAACUUUAGCAUAAAAAAAUGAUGAUGUCUCAGAAUCAUAAUUAAAAAAGGAAAAAGAAGCAUUUUUGUUAGCUUUUUUGAUGUUGGAUGACUAUUAGGAUGAUAAAACCAGAAAAAAAAUGAAAGAAGAAGAGGAAAAAAAGAAGAAAGAAAAAGAAGAAACUGCAAAAAAGGAGAAUUAAGAUUCAGUCGACAAUGAUUCAAAAUCCCCACAUAUUGAUAAGUCUCCACAUCUUGAAAAAUCAGUUUCAGAAAUGAAAAUGAAAAAAACGUAAUAACUUAAACCUAGUCCCACUCCAACUUAGAUAAAAAGAGAGAAACAGGCUGCGUCUUAACAUUCUCAAAAAGAAAAACCUGAGCGAUAAAAAUUUCCCUCAUAACAUUCUUAGAAGGAGAACAAAGGGUCUAAUUAAGAGAAAUCUUAAACAAAAUAAAGAGAUAUGGAUAUGGAUUUAAGUGAUUUUGAUAUGGAUGUGGAAAUGGAGGAUUCUGAAUUACAUGAGGACAAUGGAGAUGGUUAACAAAAAGAAGAGGUUUAAGAAAAUGAAGCAGAUUAAGAGAAUGAGGGUAAGAAAACAAAAAAGGAAUUAAAUAGUUAUGAGAAAUAUUUGUAAUUUAUGGAAAAGUAUAAGAAGAUAGAGUAAGAGAAAUUAGAAAGAUUUGAAAAAGAAGAAAGGGAAGCACAGAAUAGAAAGAUGAAAGGUUAAGCUUUUAAGAAAGUCAAUUAAGAUAAGUCUGUGUCUGAAAAUGAUAUUAGUGUGAACCAAAUAGUUUAGUAAAAAUCUUAACAUGGUACUGGAGAUGAUACACAAUAUAUGGAUCCUAUCAAAGAACUGUUUAAAAUCAAUUUGACUGAUGCCAAACAAUUUACUAAGGUUAAGAAACAAGUUAACUUAGGUAAAUAUAUGGAAAAAGUGAAGGAUGAAAAUACAAAUGAAGAAAUUUGGAUGUGUAAUAAUUCGCAACCUAAAGACUUUAUGACUUUGAUUAGAUUUACUAUCAUAGAAAAGUUGAUGCGUAAUGCUUUCUUGCACUGUAGAUAAUUUAUUUCUUCUAAUGGUGCCCAAAUAUUUCUAGUUAUUAAAAGUACAAAGUAGGUUGUUAUGAGACAAGCCUAAAAAGUGAAAGUUGUAAAAUAACUUGAAUUAGGUUUUGCAGAUCUAUUCAGUUUAGAACCAGUUGAUUAUAAAUUAAGACCAUUAAGAUUAAAAAAGUACUUAAGGUCAUAUUAAUCUAAUUCUGAAGAGGAUUAAAGAAUCUAAGCCAGAUUGAUAGAACUUAGUAAUCAAACAAACAAGGAAGAGAAGAUCAUUUCAUUAACUAAUAUCUCAACUCAUUGUGAAUAACUAUAUGAUAAAGUGGUUCAAUGGAAACCUUUUGACCUUAGACUUAAUCUCAUCUUAAAGCAGUUAGAGAUAGAUAUGAUAUUAAAACCUUUGGCUAUUGACUUAAACAUUGAUCAGAGUCAAGAGAAAGCUGAAAUAUUGAAUGAUGAACCUAUCUCAAUUCAAGAAUGGUAAUCAUACUUUAUUUAUCUUGAAUGCAUACUAUGUUUUGGCAAGCAGAUCUAAUCAAUUAAAAGAAGUUCCUCUGAAGCCAAAGAAAGAUUAAAAGAAUUUGAAGCUUUUCUCUAUAAACUAGUCUUUCGUAAAGCCAUCAGCGAUGCCAAUGAACUUUGGUUUAAAAAGUACAAAACCAUUUGGAAAGAUAUUAGUAAUAAUAGAUUUAUAUUGUUUAACAUUUGGGAUAGAUUAGAGAUUUACCCAACUGCUCCUUACACAGAGUUUUUCAUUCCACAAGGGGAAUAUGGUAGAUAGAUGUGGAGAAAGUAUGAAUUCAAUGAGAAAAAGUAAAGGUCUGAGUUCUUAAAUAUGGAAAAGAUUAAACUAACUCAUGCGAUAGUUUUGAAACAUAUCAACAUUUAAAAAAUGUUGUAAAGUUAAAUAGCUUUAUUCUACAUUCCUAUUCAUGAUCCAUAUCAAUUAAAUGGAGAACCUAAAAAUUAGUUAUUUCAAACUUUGGAAGACAAUGAAUACAUCAAUAAACGUAAAAACGACCAAGGCCAAGGAGAUAAAAAACUUGAUGAAGUAUUAGUAUAAUUGAAAGCUCAUGCAGAGUCAACUGACUAUGAUUGUAAAUCGGUAAAAGAGGAUAGCGCUUUCAAUUUAAGAGUUCCUUGGCAUGUACCUAUUUAAACUUACCGAGAUUAUUUUGGAGAAAAAGUUGCAAUUUAUUUUUUAUUUUUAACUUUUUACACUAAAUAACUAUGGUAUUUAUCUGUAGUUGGCGUCAUAUUUUAAGGCUUGCAAUCGUUAGCCACUCCAGGAUUAUCAGAUACCCUUACUGUUAUAUUCUCUUCAUUAAUUAUUAUUUGGAGUACCUUCUUAAUUGAAUAUUGGAGACAAGAGUAAGUGAUAUUUAGUUUAUAAUAUGGGUAGUAAAAUAUUGAAUAGGUGGCUGCUGAAAGACCAGCAUUUCAGGGUAAAUUUAUUAGAUCCAUCACUUCAGAUGCAUUAAAUGAGCGUUUCUAUUCUCCAUUUAAGAGGUAGAUAACUAAGCUAUGUGCCUUUGGUGUCAGUCUGCUAAUCAUUGGAAUGGUUGUAGGAUGUGUCAUAGCAAUUUUUAUUUUUAAGAAUAAAAUGAUAGAAGAAGAUUAAAGUGCAUUAUUGUCAUAAACACUGCCUGGUAUUAUGAUGUCAGCUUAAAUCAAUAUAUUCACUACUGUCUAUGCGAAUGUUGCUAAAAUUUUCAAUUUUUUGGAGAAUCAUAAAAUCUUAUAAUCCUUUGAAAAUUCACUUGUGGUUAAGAACUUUAUUUUUAGAUUUGUAAAUAAUUUUAAUUCUUUCUUUCUUGUAUCAUUUUUGUCAGGAUUCUUUCCCAAUUUGAACAUUUGUAAGGUGAAUGAAGAAAUAACAAAUGAUUGUUUCUUGCUACUAUCUAAUUAGCUUAGUACUAUAUUUUCUUCUAAUUUGACUGGGAGCAUUCCUAAACUAAUAACACCAUUUGUGAAAGAAUUUUCAAUGAAAUAAAUAAAAAAUAAACUAUUUGUAGAGAAACAAAAUACUCACCCUUUCAAGUAUAUUGACACAUAAAUUGAAGACUAAUUAGGAUUGGACCCAUAUUAAGAUGAUAAGGAAGAAGUGGAUGGGAGUGUGCUAGAUUAUUUGGAGAUAUCUAUUUAAUUUUCCUACUUAAUUUUAUUUGGCGUAUCAUUUCCAGCUUGUUAUAUCAUGGCUUUUGGAUAGAACAUUUUAAAAAUUCAAGUAGACAAAUUGAGAUUUUUAAAAUUUGUUAGAAGACCAUUCCCUGAAGGAGCAUCAAGCAUUGGAAAUUGGUUAAUUAUAUUGGAUAUCAUAACUUUUUUGGGCAUAUUUGUUAAUGCAGGGUUGAUAGUUUUUACAUCAGGAUUUUUUACUUCAAAUUAAGAACUCAUCUUUCCAGUGAUUUUAGUGUCGUUUUUGGUUCUCAAGUACAUAAUUAGAUUUGUUAUUCCAUCCUAUCCAGAAUCAGCUAGAAUUUUGACUGCUCGUCAAAAGUGUAUUAUUGACAAAGCAGUGAAAGGAUUUUCCUCUUAAAACAGUAAGCCUUUGACUAAAACAAACUUUUAUUCGAAAAUUGGAAAUGUGUCUUACGAAAAUGACAUUGAUGAAUUGUGUGUUGAUGAGAUGGAGUAUUUGAGAAAUAUGAGAAAUGUUGAUGGUGAACAUAUGGAUUAAGAUCAUGUUAAAGAGGAAAUCUGA